AUAAAAAAAAAGUCUGCGUGUGUGCAAUGGAAACCCAAAGAAGAAGUAGCUGAAAAAACUAGUAAUAAAGAAAGAAGAAAAGCAGCUUACUUCACGAGCUCCUCUGUUCUUUCUUUCUCUAAGCUUAUUAUAUACACAUACAUACACACAAAAAAAAUAAAAAAAUAAUACUAUAUAUAUUACAUAUAAAUCUUGAUGAACAACACGUCUGGUUAAUCAAAACCCUAAGAGAAGUUGCAAUCUGAUCAUCAUUUACUUAGCUGUAAGGUAGAGAAAGUGGGUGAUAAUAAUGUCAGAGUUAGCUUGUUAAAAGGGAAGGUUAUCUUGAAAGUAUGGAUCGGACAGCAGUGACAGUAGGACCAGGGAUGGACGUACCGAUCAUGCACGAUAGUGAUAGAUAUGAGCUUGUAAGGGAUAUUGGUUCUGGAAAUUUUGGUGUUGCAAGGCUUAUGAGGGAUAGACAGACUAAUGAACUUGUUGCUGUUAAGUAUAUCGAGAGAGGUGAGAAGAUUGAUGAAAACGUCAAGAGAGAAAUCAUCAACCAUAGAUCACUGAGGCACCCUAACAUAGUCAGAUUCAAAGAGGUCAUAUUAACACCAACUCAUUUGGCUAUUGUGAUGGAAUUUGCAUCUGGAGGAGAGCUGUUUGAGCGCAUAUGCAAUGCUGGUCGUUUCAGCGAGGAUGAGGCACGGUUUUUCUUCCAACAACUCAUAUCAGGGGUCAGCUAUUGUCAUGCUAUGCAAGUGUGCCACAGAGACUUGAAAUUAGAGAAUACAUUACUGGAUGGAAGCCCUGCACCAAGGCUAAAGAUUUGUGAUUUUGGAUAUUCUAAGUCCUCAGUGUUGCAUUCACAACCAAAGUCGACUGUUGGUACACCUGCAUAUAUUGCUCCAGAAGUGUUAUUGAAGAAAGAAUAUGACGGGAAGAUUGCAGAUGUCUGGUCUUGUGGAGUGACUUUGUAUGUCAUGCUGGUGGGAGCAUACCCUUUUGAAGACCCAGAGGAGCCUAAAAAUUUUCGAAAGACAAUACAGCGAAUCUUGAACGUACAGUAUUCCAUUCCUGAUUAUGUACAUAUCUCUCCAGAGUGUCGUCAUCUCAUAUCAAGGAUUUUUGUUGCUGAUCCUGCAAAGCACCUUGGUGCAUUGUUCGUAAUUAUUUGGACUUCAAUCCUGUCUUGGUUAGAAAUAUCUCAAACUCGAUCCUUUUGGUGUUUCUUCUUUUUGGCCAACCUCCUCAUUUUUGGUUCUUAUGUGAGGUUUCUUUCAUUUGUUUGUUGAGUUGCCUGGUGAAUGAGAUAGUAUUUUACUUAUGAUAUUUAGAUAUUCUUUUUUCAUCUUUCUUUCCGAUUAAUAUAUCAUAAACUUUGAUGUCGUCAUGCUAUCAUAUUGCAUUGCAACAGAGGAUAACGAUCCCUGAGAUCAAGAACCAUGAGUGGUUCUUGAGGAACCUUCCUGCAGAUCUCAUGGAUAAUACUACAAACAACCAGUUUGAGGAGCCGGAUCAACGUAUGCAGAGCAUUGACGAAAUCAUGCAGAUAAUAACUGAGGCAACCAUUCCUGCUGCCGGGACCAACAGCCUCAAUCAUUACCUCACUGGAAGCUUGGACAUUGACGAUGACAUGGAAGAAGACUUGGAGAGUGAUCCUGACCUUGAUAUCGACAGCAGCGGAGAGAUUGUCUAUGCAAUGUAAAAUAUAUGUGGAUGUCGAAGAUGACAGAUCAAACACAACCAGUUUGAGUCCCACAGUUCUUAGUGACUGUUCCACCGUUUAUAUAUGAAAUGCAGUUUACAGCAAUUCAGGCUUUCUCCUGUGUCUUUUUUAGUGACUGUUGCUGUAAUGUAUUGCUUGAUUUCCCUUCUAAAUAUGUGCUCUUGGAAACUGCUUUGUAACGAUAUUUUAUAACAGUAAUGUUUACUUUGUAGCUGUAAAUGUAAAAUAGUUUUAGCCAAA